CGUUUUUAACCAUAUAUCAGGAAAUAAGGCAGUUGAAGAUAAGAAUUAUUGUCCCUGAUGCGAAAUGGUUUGAUAUCGGCAUGCUUGGUCCAACAUAAUAUGAUUCCUUGACGAUAGAAGUAACAUAUCUAUGUUAUAGAGACAUGUAUAGAAAUGAGGAAACGAAACCAUAAUGAUAGCGAGAUGACUACACAUUUUAUCUAUUAUUUCAAGUUUAAACGUCUGAUAAGUUAUAAAUAGUUUGACCUAUUUUGUUGUUCUAUAUAAUAGACACACCCGUAAUUGAACGCAUAUUCACAUUUUCUGUUAGAGAUGGAGUCCGAAAAAGAACAAUGCAAGGUGGAAUAUACGCAUCUGGGGAAAUCUGGACUAAAAGUAUCAAACAUAUGUCUUGGAGCAAUGACUUUUGGCAAGUUGGAAGAAAGUCCUAUGGCGAUUUUUUCAUGCCCAACUCAGGCAGACGAAGAAAAGGCCCAUCGUAUAAUGGACCGUUUUGUGGAGCUUGGUGGUAACUUCAUUGACACUGCAAAUAUUUACUGUAGGGGACAAUCGGAACACAUUGUAGGAACAUGGCUUAAAAAGAAGUCCAGAGACAACGUUGUAGUGGCGACGAAAUGUCGUUUCCCUAUGUCGACGGAACCAAACGACCAGGGACUUAGUAGACGACACAUUAUCAAAUGUUGUGAAGACAGUCUUGAACGUUUGCAGACAAACUAUAUUGAUCUUUAUCAGACACAUAUGUGGGACGAUGCUACACCAAUUGAAGAAACGCUCAGGACUCUUGAUGAUCUGGUCAGGUGUGGAAAGAUUAGAUAUCUUGGGGUUUCAAAUUUACUGGGAUGGCAAACACAGAAAGUUGUUGAUUAUACCAAGUUUAUGGGAUUGACAGGUUUUAUUAGCAUGCAGCAACAAUACAAUUUGUUAGUUCGACAUCCGGAAUUGGAAGAAUUCCAGGUCUGUAAGACUGAAGGACUUGGUGUUUUACCAUGGAGCCCUUUAAGAAGUGGUAUGCUCACUGGAAAAUACAAACGAGAUGAAAAGAUGGAUCCAAAGAGUGGUCGUUUAGCGUAUGAUUUCGAAAAGAAUUCCCAGGCUUCAUAUUGGACGAAAUACGCUAAGGACACUUACUGGGAUAUCAUGGCAGUUGUAGAAAAAGUAGCAAAGACAAACGGUAAAACAGCGGCACAGGUAGCGUUGAGGUGGCUGUUACAGAAAGACGUCGUGUCAUCUAUAAUAAUCGGGGCAACAUCAAUUAAACAGUUAGAGGAAAAUAUGUCUGUAGGAACUGGCUGGUGCAUUUCUAAAGAGGACAUGGAGACAUUAGAUGAAGCUUCAAAACCAGAAAGUGCCAGUAGUUACCCGUAUGAAAUGUCGAGGUUUGGAAAUACAUCACGUGUCAACAGAUAUAAUCCAAAACCAAUCGUUGCAAAUAUCUAAUAAAACUGGGAUGUUGCUUUUAUGAGAAGCGUUGAGGUUUAUGUGAUCGUAGUUUCUAGUUGUGUGCUGAUUUACAUGUGUGCAUCCGCGACUAACCGCAUGUUUGUGAGCUGCUGGAAAGACGAGAAAUGAUAGAAUAGGAUUUAUGUUAUAAUUAAUAAUUUACAUGGUUUCUUUUUUUAAAUAGAAUGUGUAUACUUUAACAAUUGUACAUUUUUAUAAAAUAAUGUUGUUUUCCCUA